AUGGAUUCACCUCGGAGUUGGGUGGUCGCCGCGGCUUGUAGCUGGAUCAACGUGUUCACUUUUGCCCUGAUCCGCUCGUCCGCCGUAGUGUACGUGGCGCUUCUACGUACUUUUCCAGUGAGCAGGGAGAGGGCGUCGUGGCCAGUCAACCUUGCUCUCGUCAGCUACUUCCUUACAGGUCCCAUCGCUGGAGUAUUGGCAAGGUAUAUACCGAUAUGGAAGCUGUCCAUGGUCGGUUGCCUGGGGGCAUCACUCGCCGUAGGCGCCUGCUUUUUCGCUCCCUCGAUGCUAUUCUUGGACAUCUUCAUAGGUUUCAUCCACGGCACCAGUGUCGGCUUGCUGAGUCUCUUCAGCAUCGUGGUAAACCAGCACUUUGUCAAGUACCGUGCAGUCGCCUCCGGCAUCGCCAACGCGGGAUUUACAGUUGGAGGAUUUGUCUUCCCUCCCGUCGUGCAGGCAGUGGAGGAGAAAUACGGAAUUCACGGCACGUUCUUAAUCGUUGGAGCCAUCAUCCUCAACUCGGUGGUCGGUGCUCUGCUGCAACGCACUCCACCGCACGCUCAAGAGAACGAAGAUGAAAGAGGAGCCUUAACCCAUGAUUCAGAUAAAAGAAAAGCGAUUACUGAACGGGAAGAUGGAUCUCUCAGAACUCAUGAAAGUUCUGAUUCUCCACAAACACUCCAUGACACAGGUCCUUGUGGAUGCAGUGGCACUGUCGACCAGUGUAGCCAGAUGAUGCAUAAUUUGGCCAGUGACGUUGACGACAUCGAUUGCCAUAACAAGGAAGAAGCCAUGAACGCCAGUAGCACGGGUGAUUCCGAAUGCGCGAAAGACGACGUUUACAUUUCUGAAGAGAAAUGCGUUUUAUCGGAUUCAGUCAGAGUAAAUGAAGUUCAGCGAAGGCCACGGAACGGUGGACUUAUGAGACCCAACGGAGAACACUUCCUUACUUUUCUCUCCUUACCUGAGUACUACGUCAUAACCUUUUCUUUCACAAUGAUACACUUUAACAUGGCCACCUAUACCACUGUCGCUGUCGACUUCGCAGUGGAUCGGGGGAUAUCUGCGUGGAGCGGGGUAUACCUGGUAUCAGUUUACGCGGUGAGUGAUCUGCUGGCUCGGCUCGGCUCUGGUUGGAUUACGGACAGGAAGUACCUGCGAAAGAGCACCAUGAUGUGCUCGCACUUAGCGCUAUGGGGCGCAUCGCUUUGCCUGAUGCCGCUGUGCAGCUCGUACCCGAGCCUCAUGGUUUUGUCAGUGUUGCUCGGCUGGUGCAACGGUUCAACCAUAAUACUUGUGGUGGUGCUCGUCAUGGAGCUGGUAGGCCUCGACAAGGUCGGCGUCUGUUUCGGAUGUGCCAACGCAGUCGCUGGACUUGCGGGACUCGCAAGGCCUUUACUAAUAGGAUUCUUCAGAGAUAAUCACGGGGACUACGCCGGCUUGUUCAGAGUCACCGGCGGAGCGACGAUGUGUGUAUCUCUGCUGUGGUUGUACUAUCGUGUGAGAGAAGGAUGCACGUCGAUGACGAAAUACACCAAAUCACCGAGAACCAGCUCGAAACUAAAUGACUGCGCUAGCACAUCGUGA